CUGACAGGGCUUUUGUGUUUUUUACUGCCAUGCUAUGUUUUUUGUUUAAAAGAUUCGCUCCUGUGCUGGGCUUCCAUUAACAUUAAUGAGGGAAACAACCUCAAGCUGCUUCUGGAAGAUAAAGCAAACAGCUGGUAGGUUUACAUCCCCCUACUUCCUCUAUAGGAGCAGUCGAAGCUGUUUAAGGAAAACAGCACAUAGGUAUUUUCUCUCUCUCUCGGCGGCUGGAAGAAACAGGACAGCCGUGUUGGUGCCAAGAAAGAGAAGGCGUAGACUUCCUCUUAACGUUUCCUUCGCUUUCAAACAAGCCAAGUUUGGUGCAAGCGUUGCUCUUAAAUUAGGAUAUUUUUUUCUUUGUUUUGUGUUCCUGUUUUUGCUUUUACCAGCAGAGGAGAUUUCUCUUUUUUCUAAGACAUCUAAACUUCUGCAGACAUGGACUGGGGAACAAACCUUUGGGACCAGAAUGACGUCAUCGACAAGCACACUCAGGCUGGCCUUGACCUGCUGGAGCGUUACAUAAAGUUUGUAAAGGAGCGGACAGAGAUAGAACAGAACUACGCCAAGCAGCUGAGGAAUAUGACAAAAAGGUACUCCAAACGAGGAAGCAAAGAAGAGCAGGAGUGCAAAUUCAGCAAUCAUGCAUCCUUCCAGGAGAUCCUGAACGAGCUGGGUGAUUACGCAGGACAACGGGAGCUCAUUGCUGAGAAUAUGACGGCCAACAUCUCUGAUAAACUUACCAAAUACCUACAGGACCUCAAACAGGAACGCAAAACACACCUAUCUGAUGUGAAGAAGGCCCAGCAGAAUCUAGAAAGCAGCUUUAAACACCUAGAAAUUAGUAAAAAGCGCUUUGCCAAGGAGUGGGCGGAGGCUGACAAGGCCACACAACAAGCAGAUAAAUUGGAGAGCGACAAUAAUAACUCCAAAAUUGAUGUUGAUAAAGCCAAGAACCACUCCCUUGCUCGUAUGCGUUCAGCAGAAGAGUGCAGGAAUAACUACGCAGCAGAGCUCCAGAAAUACAACAAAGAACAGAAGCUCUUCUACUACACAGAAAUACCGCAGAUCUUCAAUAAACUCCAAGACAUGGACGAACGAAGGAUCCGGCAGCUGGCGGAGGGUUACUGCCAGUUUUCACACAUAGAAAAGAAUGUCCUGCCAAUCAUCUCCAAGUGUCUUGAGGGAAUUGCUGCUGCAGGGACGGAAAUUGAUGAGAAGAAGGACUCAAAACUUUUAAUAGAGCAAUACAAGUCUGGCUUUGAAAGACCCGCAGAUGUGGAGUUUGAGGACUAUUCCCAGGGUGUCAAACCAUCAAACUCUGAAUCUGGCCUCAACCCUCUUAAAGGGCGCAAGCACAAGAUCUUCAAGAAACACAAGCCUCCUCCUGCAGAGGAUUUCUCGCACCUUCCUCCAGAGCAGAGGAAGAAGAAGCUGCAGGCGAAGAUUGAUGAUAUCACCAAAGAACUGACAAAGGAACAGGACCAGAGUGACGCUCUGGAUAAAAUGAGGGGCGUGUAUGAGCAGAAUCCACAGAUGGGCGACCCCUUCAGUCUGGAGCCCCAAAUCACACAUACAAGUCAGAACAUUGGCCGCCUGAAGGGGGAGCUCUCUAAAUAUGAGUUGUGGUUAUUAGAGGCAGCGGGAGGAGAGGACUCUUUACACAGCACCAUCAACAAUAACACUGGCAUAAUAGCUAAACAACAUUCAUUAUCGAAUGCCUACUCAGAAUUUGAUGACGAGUUUGAUGACAUCGAAAGCCCUGUUGGUCAAUGCUCUGCUCUCUACACCUUUGAAGGCAACAGCGAAGGCACUAUUUCCAUUAAGGAAGGAGAGUUGCUGAGUAUCAUGGAGGAAGAUAAAGGAGACGGAUGGAUGAGAGUCCUCAGAGCCAGUGGAGAGGAGGGCUAUAUACCAACAUCCUAUGUCAGACUCUCACCUUAACCUCCAUCACAGAGUUCUAGAAGGCUGAAGAGCCAGAGGUGAACACAACGUUAUGAAAGAUGAUUGUAGCUGCCCUCGACCUGUUUUAUCUCAGCUAGAGAUGGAUACAGUGGGAUGAGUGGGUAUUAUGGCUUACUGCAGUAUAGUACACUCUACAUCUCUGCUCUCUGUGGGAUGAAAUACUGUCUCAACAUGCAAAUUUUCAGCCUGUUAUGAUCCUUAUCUAUUUUUAGUGCAUUUAAAACAUAAAAUAUACAGAUCUUCUGAAUGUUCACCUUAACUUUGUGUCACACUGAUGACAAAAGAGCUGUUAUAUUGUGCCUUGUUAAAGUAUCCGAACCCUUUGAAUUUUCCACACUUUGGUCAAAAUCACAAACUUAAGAGUAGUUUUUUUAGGAUUUUAUGUGGUAGACAAACACAAAGCAGAGCAUAAUUUUGAGGUAAAAGAAAUAUGAUACAAGGGUCUCAUUUUGUUUUUACAAAUAAUAAGAAGUGUGGCCUGCAUUUGUAUUCAAUGCCCUUUACGCUGAGACUCCAAGACCGAGUUCAACUAAUUGCCUUCAGGAGACAAAUAUUGUAUAUAUGUAAUUUAAUGUCAUUACAUACAGUACAUGCAGAGAUCCACAGUUCAGAUCGGAAAACCUCUUGAUAGCACAAAUAUGAGCUGUGUUCUUCACAAAUCUGGCAGUUAUGGAAGACUGACAAGAAAAAUAACAUAAUAGAAAAAACGUCAUAAGAAGUCCCGUUUUUUGCUGACAUGCAAAACACCAUACUACCACAUAGUAAAACAUGGUAGUGGCGUGAUCAGCCUGUGGGGAUGUUCUUCUUCAGCAGAGACAUAGAGGCUAGUCAGAAUUGAUGGGAAGAUGAACGGAGCUAAAUGCAAGACAUUCCUGGAAGAAAACCUGUUAGAGGGCGCAGAAGACUUGAGACUGGGGUAUGGUUCAUCUUCAAGCAGGACAGACAACUUAAUACAGCCAGAGCUACAAUGGAUUGGUUUAGUUCAAAGCAUUUAUGUGGUAAAACGGCCCAGUCAAAGUCCCAAACUAACUUAAAUGGACAAUCUGUGGCAAGACUGCUGUUCACAGACACACUCCGUCCAAUCUUAGCUUCAACUAUUUUGCCAAAAACUUGACAAAAACUCCUUCAUGUGCAAAGCUGGUAGAGACACACCUCCAAAGACUUGCAGCUGUAAUGCAGGUGGUUCUACCAGGUUUUUACUCAAGGCGCUGAAUACAAAGGCACGCCGCACUUCUGAAAACCGUGUAUCGUUGUCCUUCCACUUCACAAUUAAACAGAACUUUCUGUUGUAUCACAUAAAACCCUAAUAAAAUAAAAGUUGUUGUUGUGAUCACACAAAAAGUGAAGAAGUUGAAGGGGUAUGGAUACUUUUACUGUAACUUGUGGUCAGCAUCAUUGUGUUGUAUUUCUUUAUAACAGUACCUGUAUACAGUAUAUCUUACUACUUGACUUAGGCUCAGUUCUAAUAACCUGCUGAACUUUAUUUUGUUACUUUCUGCUUGAACUAGUUUCCUGACUCUCUCCUCAAAUGGGCUUUUUGGUCUUUUAACUGGAUGAAAACCACUAAACUGGAAGGAGUGAAUAAAAUAAAUCACUCAAUCACCAGCAGCAACCAUAAAAAGAAGAGUUCACAUUUUUAUGUCUGUAAUGUGUCUAUAUAACGAGUAAAUACAUAAACAAGA